AUGGACGGCCUCAAUAAAAUAUUCUUGGCGAAUAUAUCCGUCAUAAUCAACCUGGAUAAAAAAUAUGUUGGCGAAUAUAUACGUCAUUACCACUUAAGCGCUUAAUAACAGAUACCACAGCCUGACGAAUUUGUUCAAUGUAGGAAAUUAUUAUUGAAUGAUCAACAUUAUUCCCAAGAAAAUAUCCUUGGGCAUUUGAUUCAUCUGUCUAAAAUUUCUUAAUCGUCAAAAAAGAAUCAUAACCUAACAUCACAGUUACAUACUAUUAUGAAAAUCAAGGAGGCCAUAAAGGCGUCCUACAAUAAUUGUAGGAACAACUGACGAUACGGGCCUUGUGUUAUUCAGCGAUUUUUGUCAAAAUCCACAAUGGUUAGAGUGUGAUAUUGGUGUAAAAUUAUUUUGCUCAAGACCACCAUACGUCAAAGCGCAGGGUGAGGGGAAGGAAGGUUGAGAAAGUGGGACCAUUUUGUGUCGCCAGCUGGACACCUUGACGGGAAAAGUCAGCUGUCCCACUCCAUUCGGGACAUUUAGUAACGUUAGAUAGGCCACCUAGGCUGUGAGAUACUUCAUGGCAUUAAUUAUUUAUUGUGAUUACACAUUUUAAAUUAAUUUAUUAUUGAAUUGAUAUGUGGAAUGAAAAGGUCCAGUGCCAAAGUAACUAUUGUAUUAUUAUACUCCCAUGCGAGCGAAGCCGCGGGUUUAGGCUAGUUUAUAUAUAAUUGCUAUGUUAUCAGCUUAAACAUUUUCAUAUUUCGCACAUUUUCAAAUCCGUGUAAUGUUCAUUGCCAACAGUUGGCAGCAGUUACUGCUGAUUGUUAACAUAACUUGGGCUGGUGUGAUAUCCCAUAUUUACAUAUAUUUUUUGUUGACACAUUUCCUAAUGAGAAAGUCAAGAAAAUUUUAUUGUGCACUGAUUGAUCUCCAUAUAAAAUAUUUAAUAAACCAUCAAAUA